CUCUCAUUCCCAUCAACUUCCGCCAGGAUGCAUCCUCAGCAAGCCAUCCACAAGCAGUCCAUCGAAGAUCGUGAGGGCUUCUGGCUCAAGGCUGCUCAGGCUGUCCAUUGGCACAAGCGUCCUACUCAGGCAUAUGGCCCUUCUCUUCGUCACGACCCCACCUAUGCUCGCAAUGGAAAGGUCUGGUUCCCCGAUGGCGAGCUCAACACAGCCUUCAACUGCCUUGACCGCCAUUGCCUCCGCGAGUCUACGGAGAACCCCUUCGCUAGGCCUGUCACGCCUUCUCCUCACACAUCACACCUCGCAUACGAUCCAGCUUUGGCAAAUCGCAUCGCCUUCGAGCAUGUCUCGCCCUUGCCAUGGCAGAUGCAGCCAGCCCGCACCGUCACCUACGGCCAGGCACUCGAGGAGGUCCAGACUUUGGCGGGCGUGUUGAAGGCGCGUGGAAUUCGAAAAGGAGACACUAUCAUCGUGUACAUGCCCAUGAUUGUCGAGACGGCCUUCGCCAUCCUGGCAGCCGCAAGAGUAGGUGCCGUCGUCUCCGUCGUCUUUGGCGGAUUUGCCGGAAAGGAACUGGGCAAACGCAUGCUCGACUCUGGCUGCAAGUUGGUCAUAUCUGCCAGCUGUGGUCUCGAGCCAAAGGGUCCAGUUCCUUACAAGCCAAUGGUCGACGAAGCCAUCAAAGCUUCGGGACACAGCCCAGCUGCCGGCGUCUUGUUCCUGCGUCGCACCACAAUCCGCGAGCAUACCCCGCCCACGCCCGACGCUUCGCAGAAGUGGUAUGACUGGGAUGACGAGAUGGACAAGGUGCGCAGGGGCGUUGAUGGUAGGAGCAAGUGCUGGUCUUGCCACCCAGUUGCAGCCGAAGAUCCACUGUACAUCGUCUACACGUCGGGUACAACAGGCGCGCCGAAGGGUGUCGUACGACUCAACAGCCAAGCGGUCCAGAUGAGGCACGUCAUGGAGCACAGUUGGGGUAUGAGCAAGGACGAUACCAUCUUCACAACCAGUGAUUACGGCUGGGUUGUUGGAAUGCAGUAUUGCGUCUACGGCCCUCUCCUCAUCGGUGCCAAGUCGAUCAUCUUCGAGGGCAAGCCCACCCUCCCGGACGCUUCCAUCUUCUGGCGUACGAUCGCAAAGCAUGGCGUCACUCACUUCUUCAGCGCGCCCACCGCCUUGCGUUCUGUCCGUGCAUCAGACCCUGAGUUUUCCCUCAUGCGUACAGUGGAUCUCAGUACAUUACGCGCCACCUUCCUCGCGGGGGAGAGGAGCGAGCCUCAGCUCGUCCGCCAAUUCUCGGACAUCCUCAAGGAAGUGGCAGCACCUGGAACGGCGUGCAUAGACAAUAUGUGGAGUAGCGAGAGCGGCAGCCCAAUAUCCUCCUUGAUGCUCUCGAGCGCAUUCAGUCAUGCUCCCGUACGCGCCGGUGCUGCGGGCAUGCCUUUACCGGGAAUGGCGCUGCGGAUAGUCGACGAUGCGGGACGCGAAAUCUACGAGGACGGCAAGAUGGGCAACCUCGUCUUGGCAUCUCCACUCUCUCCUUCGUUCCUCGGCGGACUGUGGAAGAACGAAGCUGGUUUCGAGAAAGCGUACUGGGAUCGAUUCAAGGGCAAGGGCGACUGGUUCGACACGGGCGAUUCAGCUUUCUUCGAGAAAGGCUACGUUACGAUCUGUGCAAGGAGUGACGACAUCAUACAAGUCAGCGCACAUCGUCUCGGCACAGGCCUUAUCGAGCAGGUGGUCAGCGGUCAUCCGAGUGUGAUCGAGAGUUGUGUCAUCGGCGCGCCCGAUAAGAUGAAGGGACAAACUCCCUUCGCCGUAGCAGUCGCCGCUUCCUCCUCCAGUAAUGGCGGCGAUGCUCAAGCCUCCGAGAUGCUAUCGUCCAUCAAUCAGCACAUUCGUGCCGACAUCGGCCCCAUCGCACAGCUCUCCGCAAUCGUCCUCGUCGCCAAGCUGCCAAAGACUCGCAGCGGCAAGACGCUUAGAAGAUCGAUUCGCGCCAUUGUAGAGAAUGCAGCGAGGAAGGGUACACCCGGUGAGGCUGACGGCGAUUCGCCCAUUCCUGUGCCGCCCACUAUUGAGGAUGCAGAGGUGAUACCGGUGGUGCAGAGGGAAAUCGAGGCAUUCUUUGCUAGGAAGAGGGGCGAUGAUGCUCAAGAUGGUGUCAAGGCGAAGUUGUAGGUUCAAAGAAAUCUCAUCAAUGGUAUUGCAUGCAAGGAGAAGGUCCGCGUCGUGAUACUGCCCUCAACCCCUCUCUCUAACCCUCAUUCCAGCCCUCGCAGCGCCAAGUCAUAAUGUUGCGGCAUAUGACAGCUGAGCAGCUUCCUCGACAUGACGAUCUGAUCGAAGACCUUGUCUCUCCUCCCACGCAGCAUGAAUGCCCGUUGCCUAUCCGUAGCUUUGGCUACAGAAGGGGCGGGAACCGCAGUUUCCUCGCUCACCGGCGCCGCAAUCUCCGUCUCAAAGUGGCUCUGGAGUAGA